GUAUUAUGAAACCUGACAAAGAACCCGCAGACGAUUUGAAAAAAAGCUCCAAACAACCCAGAAAGCAUAAAGUCAUUCAUCCAUCUGGCCAACAGAGGCGGCAGAAAACCGCGAUUCUAAAAGAAAGUUCGAAUCACAAAGAUGUUGCGAAUAAACAGCGGCGAACUAGACGUUCGUCACGUGGUCACAACCGAAGAGAUUCCAACAGACGACAUUCGGAAAUAAAGCAAGAGUUAGAUGCAGAACUUGCUGGUCUUGUAAACCCAUCUAAGGUUGGAAUCACAAAUGAAGCAAGAAACACUCGUAUUCGAUUGAUAAUUAUCGUCACAUCACUUCUUAUUUUCCUUGGUGGAUUAAUCGCAGUUGGAAUCAUAUUUUUGCUGCCACUAUUAUCCACACCCGACCCUUGUACCACUGGNUGCUCACACAGAAUACCAAACUGUUCUAUGUGGAAGACAUAAGGCUGGUAAAUCUUGUAGUUUUGACGCCGCCCUCUGCAAAAGUGGUUGUGUGCUCGGUUUCUUACUAGAUGACUUUGAAUGUCCACUUAAAUGUGAUUGUGCGGAGAAAGGGGUGAUUGAGUCUGAUAUCUCAUUCACUCCAGUUGAUGUGCAGACCAUGUUAGCAGCUUAUAUAACUGAGGAGGAUUCUUCGUUCUUCCAACCUUUAUCAUCUAAGUUUAAUAUAUGGGAUGAAUAUAAAGCUUUUGGAAGAUUUAAAAUCCCAUAUAUUGUUUCUUCCACUGUGGACAGUGAGACAUUGGCGUCCAUUGAAAAAGCAUCAAAACAGAUAACGUUGAAUACUUGUGUUGACUUUCAUAGAAGGGAGAAUGAGAAAGAUUAUGUCGAGUUUACGAAAGAAGGACAUAACUGCCUUUCGAACAUGGGUCGUUUUGGAGGAGAACAAGUUGUUUACCUUGGUGGUGGUUGUAAUGAUGAAGGGAUGGUGGAACAUCAGAUGAUGCACGUGAUGGGGUUGUGGCAUGAACAAUCACGAUAUGAUAGAGAUGAUCAUGUGAUCGUCAAGUUAGAAAAUGUUGCUCGAGAGAAUCUUCAUAACUUUAAGAAACGCAGCCAGAGUACCACACAUGGUGUAUAUGACGUGGCAUCCAUUCUCCACGCUGAUGGAUUUGCUUUCUCUAUGAAUGGUUAUCCUACUAUUGUAGAUAAACAUACUGGUCUUGCUAUAUCUGGUCAAAGAGAAAAGUUAUCGGCCAUGGAUAUUAUGAAAAUAAAUGAGCUGUAUGGAUGUGGUAACCACACUACACAGUUAAGUCAAUCUGGUGAUCACUGGGCAGAUUGGGGAAAUUGGUUGCCGUGUUCAUCUUCGUGUGAUCGUGGUGAAAGAGUCCGGCUCCGGAAGUGUUGGAAUGAUGAGGAGCGUGAGGUAUGGGUGGGAAGAUGCGGGGAGGAACAUGUUAAUACCAAGAUCUGUCAAUCAAAACCGUGCUCGGCUGGAGCAUGGGGUGCGUGGGGUUCAUGUUCAGUUACUUGCGGGACUGGAAUAAGACACAGAACUGCCUGUUGUCAUCCACAUGAAAGAUAUGAAUCGCAAAUCUGUGGAGUUUUACUUUGUCAUGCGCCUGACGUAGUGUUUGACAACACCACAAGUGCAUGGUCGCUAUGGGAACAUUGGGGGGAAUGUACGAGGACUUGUGGGAGUGGGUUCCGUAAACGAACCCGCCAUUGUGAUGUCAACAAUCGGGUGGUGGGUGAAGAGAGGUGUCCACGGGGAAUCCCCAGGGGUGAUCAGGUGGAGUUUUGCUCGACAGAAACUUGUGGGGGUGUUGAUGAAUUUGCAAAUACAUGGGAUGCAUGGGAGGAAUGGGGAGAAUGUUCGCUUACUUGUGGGGAUGGAAAGCAAUCAAGAUCUCGUGCAUGCAAAGAAGGGGGAAUUUGUUUUGGGGAUAAAGUUGAAAGUAGAUCAUGCGGUGAACCUUGUAUGCCAGUUGGAACAUGGGAGGAAUGGUCGUUGUGGACGAACUGUCCUUCAUCGUGCGAGGGUACGAGGUGGAAGGAACGUGUGUGUCGUUACGUGGAGAACCAGAUCGUUACAACUUGUGUUGGUGGAACUAACAGUGUGGGGAAGCAAGUAGAACGUCAGAAGUGUAGGUUGGAGAUGUGCAACACUGCUUUAUAUAAUGAAGAUAGUAGUGUUUGGUCACCAUGGGGGCAGUGGGGGGAAUGUAGUAAGUCUUGUGGAAAAGGGACCCAAUGGAGGCUGAGAUCUUGUUUAAAAGCCGAAGCAUGUUCUGAUGUUUCAACCAAUGGCAGAAUAUGUAACACUCAGUCAUGUGAUGAUGAUUUCGAUUCUGACGACGACUGGGAAACCACGACUCAGCCAAGCACAGUUGCUAUGACAACCCCAGCCCCCAGGUGGGGUGGGUGGGUUAUAGUUACUAAUUGUUCGUCUUCCUGUGGACCUGGGGUGGUAGUGUUACAACGAACGUGUUACAAUGCAACUUAUCAUCUAAGUGAGAAUUGCUUUGGUGUUCAAGCCACGACAGAGAAUAAAAGUGAACCAUGUGAAGUAGAAGAAUGUCCAGUGUGGGGACUUUGGUCAGCAUGGGGUGAAUGUACGGGUCAUUGUCAACAAGCUUUUCACUCAAGGAGUAGGAGUUGUGCAACCUCAUGUUGCGACGGGCCAACCAUGGAUAUUGAAGAAUGUGAUCUGGCUGAAUGUAAUGUCACAAAGCCAGCAUUUAACGUUAGUGCGGUAUAUACCCUCGUCAACACCACCCUGUGUACACCUGGUCGAUUCUUAACGGGAGAUAUUAAUGCUGACAAUGUAACUGAUAUUGUUUGUGUGGAGGAUACGGGAUACUUAUGGUCACAGUUAGGGUUGGGAAAUGGAAGUUUUAGCGAGGUUAUCUUCAGUGAAAGACGAGUACCACAGUGUCCGAUAUCUUUAAAUGCUAAUAUUUUGCUUGCUGAUAUGGAUGGAGAUGGAGCAGAUGACUUUGUUUGUCAUUAUUCCUCACAUCAUUACUUUCAAUAUCUUUCUUUGACUGAUGGAAAAUUUGCGGAAGUUCAAACUUCCUUUUCGAUCAACAAUUAUUGUAUAAGCGGGUUAGACAUGAAAAUUCUAGCUGGGAAACUUGAUGAAGACUCUAAAGAUGAUUUCUUCUGUCAAUAUUCCAAGCAACCGGCUCUUAAUGAAUCUGUAUGGUAUAUUCAGAUCUCGAAUUGAUUAAUCUUUGUGUAGUAACGUGCAGUUGCUAACUCAAACUAAUUAUCUUACUCUGCGUUUAUGACGUCACAAAGGAAAUGUUCGAUACCAGAUGAAAUAGCUGAUGAUGAAAGGUGGUAGCGUGUAGUUUACUGUCAAGAUAUAUAACUGAAACUGCAGUGCUAAAAUUUUUCGUAUUUUAUACAUUGCGUUUGUACGUGUUCUGGAAGCUGGGUUGCGCGGAAUCUUGUCACGUUUUUUUACUGUGACGUCGCUAACAUAUGUUAAACUGCACGCGACGUUUAACAAGGAAAUACAAGUUUAAGUUACUGUGGUGAA